UUCGGCUGUGAACCCUACGCCAACGUCGAAGAUAUGUCAGCAAUUGAAGGCAUUUCUGAUUUCUCGGAUGGGGGCGGCUCCGGACUUGAGGAGGCUAGAGCUGUGGAGGAAGUUAUGUUCCAACUACGGUCAGACCAUGUUCUGAGACCCAGACAGGGCGGCUGUCGCGAUGGAGCAAUUAAUGGGAAAGACCCCACUGCGGAUGAAAGAACAAGUGGCGACGAAGAUUCGGCCUCGGACUCGGACUCGGAUCAGAGCAUGACUGAUGACGAGGACUCGGCCGCGGACGAUGGUUCCAGCGAGGACGGGAAUGGACGACUGGGCCCUCCCGCCACAUCGCACGACAUGGCAAGCUCGUUCACAUACGACACGCGCGCGUUCCAACCCGAACUUAUAGUCCCGUAAGUACCAGUGAAGUGCUCAGAGAAGCAGCGUGGCCAAAGGUCAAGGCACUGGUCGACGCCAAAGGCAGUAGAGCAAGGCAGCCAAUGUAUCUAAGUAGCUUUUGUCUCUGG